AUGUCUCCCGUCACCCAUCCAGUUGAUGAGUUUGUUUCUCGCUACUCGUUAAUAUUGGGCCGUGAAGCGCUUUGGGUCAAAUGUCCAGAACUCGUCAUCCGACGCUGGGGAGUCCAAGUUGCCAUUCUGGAGGCUCAGCGGGGAGGCUUCCUCAAACGAGGAAUAGUCGACUGCGUGUGCCAUCGCAAAAUGGCAACAAAUCUGGUUGCGUAA